UGGCCGCUCCUGCAGCUCUGAGCGUAGGGUCUCGCUCCGCCUCUCCAGGCAGCGCCCGCUAGCAGACCAACGGGAUUCACGAGCCCCUGCGGCCUGGGACCCGAUCGCAGCUGAAACGGCGCCGGACCCUCACACGACGUUUAUUGAAUGCCUGCUAGAUGCCAGGCACUGGGCAGGCUCUGGCGGUGUAAGGGUGAAACUGACGGUAGGACUUCUGCGCUGACCACUAGCAGAGACUGACUGGGGCUAAGAUGGAUCUUGUACUCAAUGCUGCAGAUUAUUAUUUUUUCACACCAUACAUAUAUCCAGCCACGUGGCCAGAGGAUGACUUCUUCCGACAAACUAUUAGUCUCCUGUUUAUAACAAAUCUUGGUGCUUAUAUCCUUUAUUUCUUCUUUGCAACACUGAACUAUUAUUUUGUCUUCGAUCAUUCAUUAAUGAAACAUCCACAAUUUUUAAAGAAUCAAGUCUAUCGAGAGAUUAUGUUUACUGUCCAGGCAUUACCGUGGAUAAGUAUUCCCACUGUUUCAUUGUUCAUGCUAGAGCUGAGAGGUUACAGCAAAUUAUAUGAUGACAUAGGAGAAUUUCCAAAUGGUUGGUUUCAACUCAUUGUUAGUAUACUUUCCUUCCUGUUUUUCACUGACAUGCUGAUCUACUGGAUUCACAGAGGCCUUCAUCAUAGGCUUGUAUAUAAGCGCAUACAUAAACCUCAUCAUAUCUGGAAGAUUCCUACUCCAUUUGCAAGUCAUGCUUUUCACCCUGUGGAUGGCUUCCUUCAAAGUCUGCCUUAUCAUGUAUACCCUUUUAUCUUUCCAUUACACAAGAUGGUUUAUUUAGGUUUGUACAUCUUGGUCAAUAUCUGGACAAUUUCUAUUCAUGAUGGUGAUUUUCGUGUCCCCCAAAUCUUACAGCCAUUUAUUAAUGGCUCAGCUCAUCAUACAGACCACCACAUGUUCUUCGACUAUAACUAUGGACAGUAUUUCACAUUGUGGGAUAGAAUUGGAGGCUCGUUCAAAAAUCCUUCCUCCUUUGAGGGGAAAGGACCACUUAAUUAUGUGAAGAAGAUGACAGAAGAAAAGUGCAAAGGCCAUGCAGGAAAUGGUUGUAAAAAUGAAAAAUUAUUCAAUGGUGAGUUUACAAAGACUGAAUAGAUUAUUGCCCAAUUAUUAAAUAUUAAUAUUUUUAAUAAGGAAAAAUAAUCUACAUACAGCUGAGAGACAUAGCGAGUAAAUGAUAUCAUUUGAAAAUCAGCAUUGUGGGUACUACUGAGGAAUGAUCAUAAUGGUAGGUCAAGGUGAGCACCAUGAUUUUAACCUCAUGCUUAAAAUACUAGAUGUUGGCCUAAGGAACAACUUGUGUCUUUCUAUCCAGCAGCUUUGUAAUUUAUGUAGUCUCAGCAACCAUUUCAAAAAGAUAGAGAAUAAAGUAUUGAGGAGACUAGGUUAUGCCCUUUUGCCUUAGUCUACCAUAUCCAUUAAGAAAAAUUCAUUGUGCUUAUUAAUACCAAGACUAAGUACCAUAACAAAGAAAUACUAAUAUAAAGAUGGUUCCUUGUUUCAGGAAUGAUUACAUCUUCAGUAUUGGUAUGAUUUGUUCAAGUGGAAACAUCAUUGUGGAAAAAAAUACUGAUAUAACAUAUUAGUGGCAUUGUAAAUGACCUGAUACAUAGCAGGAGUGAUUAGAUUAUCACUUCCUAUACAUAGGAAGCUUAUUCUCUGGGAACAUUGUCAAAUAUUACAUUUUCCUGAUGAACGAGUAAAUUGGAAUUUAAAAAAAAUAAUUGAUACUACCACAAUUUAAUCCAGAUCUGGGGUUAUUUAACUAAAGAUUUUGAUGGUUAUUAUACAAAACCAUUAUUUAAUAAGUCUAAAAAUAUGUGAAUCUGAAUAUAUAGUAGUCUCCUCUUAUUCAUCGGAGAUAUAUUCCAAGACCCCCAGUCGAUGCCUGAAAUUGCAGAUAGCUCCAAACACUAUAUAUACUAUAUUUUUUCUAUACAUACGUAGCUAUGAUAAAGUUUAAUUUAUAAAUUAGGCACAGUAAGAGAUUGACGACAAUAACCAAUUAACUGCUGUAGUUAAAAAGGGAAGUUUGAUACCCAAAUAAUAUAUUUGACACUACUGAUUUUUUAAUUAAAUUGAUGCACCGCACUUUUGAUGUUUCAAUAUUACGAACCUUUAAUUUUCUAUAAAAGGGAGUAAUUGCCAAAUAUUUAGGCCUAACACUGAAGAUUAGUUUUAAAAUACGUAUUAUUCUCCUGCUUCUCCCUUCACUUUUCCCCACUUCCUCUGCAAAAAGAUUUGACAAAUAUUUUUAUAAAGAAAUCUUGUUUGUUGUAACAUAAAUAUAUUGGAAAAAAUGAUUUGCAAAGACAUUCUAUAAACGAUUUAUAUAAAAUCAAUAAAUGUUGCUUAUGUUAUAAAGCUGUAUCGGUUGAAUAUUGUAACAGCACAAAGUAUUCUUUGUACAAAUUUUAUGUUAAUUUGAAACCACAAAAAUGAUGUGCGUUGUCAAAACUGUUUUAGAAUGUCCCCAAAUGCUCAAUGUCAAGAAGGAGAAAGAGAGAAGGAGGGUAUCACAUUCUUUUUAUGUUUCUCAUUUUUAUUAGAUUUGAGUGUUUUAGCAGGAGACCAGUCAUAAAAUUUAAUGCUUGGGAUCCAGAAAAAAAUGUUUUUGUUUUCUCUUUGAAUUACUGUUACAAUAUUUGUCUUACUUAAAUAUGAGAAUCUGGGAAAUGUGUCUGAUUGUAUAGCUGGGAGGACAGUUUCUUGAACCUUUAGCCAGUUUGCCAUACCCAUGUAAUUUAUUCCCCUGUUUUUGAGGGAUCCCAUAAAAGUAUUGCAGAGAUGAAUGAACUCAAAAGUAUUUCAAGUUAUCCACUCACUGGUUGUCUUUGUGUCUUUAAUUCCAUAACUCCAAUUAUGAGUGUUAAAAGUUUCCUCUAGAUUCUUCUUCCCGUGUAGCUAACAGAACAGAAAGGACAUAACUGAUGGAGACAGGGAAGCUUCCUCAAAGACUACCAUCACAUUUUCUAUUUGCCCUUAGAGGAACUCAGAGAAUAUUCAUGGAAGUGAAGAUCUAAAUUCCCCCCAUAGGAAUAUCAAGUGAAAGACUUUUUGCAAACUUGGCUUUGAAACCUUUCAAACUUAUAGGAUAGAAAGGGAAAAUCAAGAUUGUAUUUUGCACUUUUAUGUUAGAAAUUGGGAAAUGGAUGGAGGUUGUACAAAACCCAGAGACCUUUACUGAAUCCUUGUCUUUCUCCCUAUGUCUGUCUCCCUGUCUCCCUGUGUCUGAAUACUGUGAGUUCCUCUUUCUCAUUACCCUGUAUCAUGUUUCUUUUUCCUCCCAUCUUCAAAGAGUCAGAGACAGAUUUGGGAGGGAAUUAUGAGUUCAGUGUUAGUACAUGGAGUUUAUAGUGCAGGCAGGUUGUUUAUAUAGAGAUGAUGUCUGGGAGGAAGAUGGAAAACAGGGGGACAAAUCAGAACAAAGAUAUUUGGGAUUAACUCAAGAAGAGUUUGAGGCCGUGAGAUUCAUUGCCAAGAAGAGCAUGAGAAAAGCUGUCCAAAGAAACAAACUUUAAGGUUAAAAGAACUCCCUUUCCUUGUCUUCCUAACUUCAAACUCAAAACACUUGACUGGCAGUCUUAUAUCAGCAUUUACUGCUUUCUUUCAUCAUUGUUAUGUGUACCCUAUUUAUUCUAGAUCCCAGAUUCCUUCAAAUUAAAAACCAUGUGUGAAUCAUCAUUGUAUUAACCAUGUGCCUUACAGAAUGCUCAUGAUAUGGUUGAGGUUUAAUAAAUACUUUGCUGAAUGAA